UAUUGUUCUUAUAAAAUCCUUUAUUUGGUAUUAGAGUAUAGGUGAGUAGAGCUAGGCCAAACUAGGAGCCAUCAGCACCUAUUGUGUGGCUCAAGGGAGGUUUUGAAAAUGAGUCAUAUUUGAACCAAAGAUGGACUGGCCACCAAGAGGGCCGAUAGCUCUGUCAAAGCACCCCAGUAGCAAAUGGGAGGUCUUAGAUUCAAUUUUUAGCUGGUCCAUAAAAAAUUUAACACAAACCCACACAUUUUUAAGUUUCUCUCGAAUCAAUUUUAAACUAUUGUAUUGUGUCUUUUCCCUUUUAUCCAACUAUAGAUUUAACUAUGCUUUCCAUAGUAGUGAUUACAAUUGCAUAAGAUACAAAGAUAGCAUUCAUAGUGAAUACAUGCAAUAUGAUUAUAAGUUACAAGCAAAUUGCAUAGAUUGCUUGAACUUAAAAAUUAUUACUCCCACCGCAUACCCAGUCUGUUAAUUCGUACCAUGUAAAUUUGAUGUAUUUCUUUCUUGUGCUCUCUUUCAUCCGUUAUAACUAAGUUAUUUAGUGUCUUUUUAUUGCUAUGAUGAGAGAAGUUGAUCAGCUUGAAGUUUGAAGGUGUUUUGGUAUUUUCUCUUCUAUUCGCUUGGCGUAUUGGGGAGGAGGUCCAAGGAAAAUACAUUUGUUUGCCAGAAACUCUGGUACCAAACAAUGCCAAACCACAGUAUUUCAGCAGAUAUCAGUGACACACUUCAAUUGCAUGGAAUAUCCAAGUUAACAAUCCUUGAGGAUUUUCUGCAACGGCAGAAGACUAGUCCCUUCUUUGGAUUUUGUACAGAAGAGACAAUUGCUAUUGUCCUCCAUCUUAGCUUCCUUUGUAUCUUCCUCAUCAAGUUUGUCUGGGGAAGAGUCGUCCAAUGUUUUGUCAAUGGCUCUACAGGUUCAGAGCAGAGAGGGUCUUCCAAUGGACCAAAGAAGGAUAUGCCUACCAACGCUUCAUGUUCAACUAUAAAUUUUGGUUUUACCUACAAGGUUACUCUCGGCUGUUGCACUUGUCUAUUGGCAUGCUAUUCUCUAAGCACGUUAUGGGUUCUUUAUGGCAAUCAAACAAAAUGUGCCUGGCAUGCUACUGUUCUUGUGUCAGAUGUUGUACAAACAUUGGCAUGGUCCAUCAUGUUUGUAAGCAUAUUCACUUUCAGAAGGACAAUUUGUAGAAGAAUCCCAAUUUUUUUGCGGAUAUGGCUAAUAUGCUCUUGCAUUGAAUCAAUCUUCACACUUGUACUUGAUAUUUAUUCAGCCUUUAGGAGUUGGAUGGUAUAUAAUGAUCUGUACAUGGAUUUUUUUACUUCACUCUUAAGCAUAUUUCUUUUAUGCAUUGCCAUCGGAGGAAACACAGGAAUGUAUACCUCCACAAGGGCGAUUGAAGAACCGCUUUUGGAUUCCAAUCUGGUUGAACAUGCAGCUGCAAAAAAGGAAUCAGCAUAUGCCAAAGCCAGUUUAUUUGAGCUUGUCACAUUUUCUUGGCUCAAUCCCCUGCUUGCUAUUGGUAUUAAGAAACCUCUAGAAUUUGAUGACAUACCCAAUAUUGCAAAAGAGGAUUCUACUCAUGACGUUUACUGUUUUUUUAGUGAAAAAAUAAAUAUGUUAAAGCAAAAAGACCCUUCAAAAACACCAUCCAUGACAAAAGUUGUUUUCUUGUUUAUGUGGAAAAAAGUAGCUCUAAAUGCAAUAUUUGCAGUGGUAUAUGCAUGUGUGUCUUUUGUUGGCCCAUACUUGAUUGAUGAUUUUGUAAGUUAUUUGACUAAGAAGCCACGUGCUACACAUGAAGGCUACAUCUUAGCCUGUACAUUCUUUUUUGCCAAGGUCAUAGAGACUGCAUCACAAAGACGAUGGAUAUUUGGAUCAAGGCAACUUGGGAUGCGCUUGCGAGCAGCCCUCACAGCACACAUUUAUAGGAAAGGUAUGCAUCUAUCAAUUCAAGCCCGACAAAGUCACACAAGUGGGGAAUUAAUCAACUAUAUGAGUGUAGAUGUGCAGCGUAUUGGAGACUUCACAUGGUACCUAAAUACAAUAUGGAUGCUGCCAAUACAGAUUCUACUUGCAAUAUGUAUUCUUUAUAAAAAUGUAGGCUUGGCAUCACUUGUCGGAUUUGCAGCCACUCUUGCUGUGAUGGUGGGAAACAUUCCAAUUACAAGAAUACAGAGGUAUUUUCAGUCAAGGAUCAUGGAAUCCAAAGAUGAAAGAAUGAAAUCUACAUCAGAAAUAUUAAGAAACAUAAAAAUACUGAAAUUGCAAGCUUGGGAUAUGAAAUAUGCACAAAAAUUAGAAGCCUUGAGAAAACUUGAGUAUAAUUGGCUUAAAAAGUCAGUUGAAAUAGGAGCUGCUUCAACAUUCCUUUUCUCGUCUGCCCCUGCAUUUAUAUCAGCAACCACUUUUAUUGCGGCAUACUUCAUGGGAAUCCCUUUGACAAGUGGCAGAGUUCUGUCAGCAUUGGCAACAUUUAGAAUACUUCAAGAGCCUAUUUAUACUCUUCCAGACCUCUUUUCAGUACUUGCACAAGCUAAAGUGUCACUAGACCGCGUGACUUCCUAUCUUCAAGAACAAGAAUUACAAGCAGAUGCAGUUGAAAUUAUUCCUAUGGAUUUAACUGAGUUAGCAAUUGAGAUUGAAGGCGGAGAUUUCAGCUGGGAUCCUUUUUCAGGUGAGCAGACACUUAAAGAGAUACAUUUGCAGGUGAAGAGAGGAAUGAGAGUGGCAGUCUGUGGAACUGUUGGGUCAGGUAAAUCUAGCCUUUUAUCAUGCAUACUAGGGGAAAUCCCUAAAACAUCUGGUAUUGUCAAGGUCAGUGGUAGCAAAGCUUAUGUUCCUCAAUCCCCAUGGAUUCAGUCGGGAAAUAUUAGAGAAAACAUCUUAUUUGGAAGCAGCUUUGAAAAUGAUAAAUAUGACAGGAUUGUUAAAGCAUGUGCUUUAAAUAAAGAUUUAGAGCUCUUCCCCCAUGGAGACCAAACGGAGAUUGGAGAAAGAGGAAUCAAUAUGAGCGGUGGGCAAAAGCAAAGGAUACAAAUUGCACGUGCAUUCUACCAGAACGCUGAUAUUUAUCUUAUGGAUGACCCUUUUAGUGCUGUUGAUGCACAUACAGGAACUCAUCUGUUUGAGGAGUGCCUUACAGGAUUUUUGUGUGGAAAGACUUUAAUCUAUGUCACCCAUCAAGUUGAUUUUCUGGCCUCUGCAGACCUCAUCCUUGUGAUGCAAAAUGGUAAGAUUACACAAGCAGGAAAGUAUGACGAGCUUCUGCAAGAAGGUAAAGGUUUUGAAGCCUUGGUUGGUGCCCAUAAUCAAGCUUUGGAGGCUAUAGUUGCAGUUGAUAAUUUAUCAUCCAAAGGGAUACUUCAGAAAGGCAAUGUGAAUUACACAGAACUCUCCAAUGAGGAUUCCGUUCAAUCAAAUAUUCAAAUGAGAGACCUCAAAAUUCUCAACAGUGAAAAACAAAUGUGUAAAGAAGUACAACAGGAAACUAAUGCGUAUCAGAAAUGUAACUACUCACAGAUUACACAAGAUGAGGAGAGAGAAACAGGUCGUGUCAGCAAAAAGGUUUACUGGUCUUAUUUAACAGCAGUAUAUGGUGGUGGCUUGGUUCCAAUCAUAUUGAUAUCACAGAUUAUAUAUCAGGGGUUUUAUGUUGGAAGUGGUUACUGGAUGGCAUGGGCUUCUCCUCUUACACUAGACAUGGCACCAAUAAUCAGUACAGGAUUCCUCAUUCUAGUAUAUGUUGCAAUAUCAAUAGGAGGUUCUAUAUUUUUGUUGAUACGGACAUUUCUGCUUGUAAUAGUGGGCCUUUUGACAUCUCAAAAACUCUUUUUGGGUAUGCUUUAUAGUAUUUUUCGUGCUCCCAUGUUCUUCUUUGAUAGGACACCAGCUGGUCGGAUCUUGAAUAGGGCAUCAACUGAUCAAUCUGUAGUAGAUUUAGAAAUUGCUGCUAGAUUGGGUUGGUUUUCCUUUGCAGUAAUUCAUUUAUUAGGGACUGUGACAGUUAUGUCAGGGGUAGCAUGGCAGAUAUUUAUUAUAUUUAUACCUGUGACUGCAAUCUUCAUAUGGUUUCAGCAAUACUACAUCCCAACUGCUCGAGAAUUAUCGAGAUUGGUGGGCAUAAGGAGAGCCCCUGUCAUCCAUCAUUUUGCUGAAUCACUUUCAGGAGCUGCCACAGUGAGAGCUUUUAAUCAUGAAUUGCGAUUCAUAGAAAGAAAUUUAUCUCUUGUUGAUGAUCAUUCAAGGAUGUGGUUUCAUACCAUAUCUUCUACAGAGUGGCUUGCCUUCAGAUUGAAUUUUCUAUCAAAUUUGGUAUUUGUCUUCUCAUUAGCCGUGGUCGUGAGCUUACCUGAAGACCUGAUUGAUCCAAGCAUUGCUGGGCUAGCUGUAACAUAUGCUCUAGGUCUCAAUUCGCAACAAGCAGCAAUAAUCUGGAAUCUAUCAAGUGCCGAGAAUAAAAUGAUUUCAGUAGAAAGGAUAUUACAAUAUUCACAGAUUCCAUGUGAAGCACCGUUGGUGAUUGAAGAAUCCAGACCUGCUCUCGAGUGGCCAUCCAAUGGAAUUAUCUUCCUUGAAAACUUGCAGGUGACAAAACCUUUGGUAAGGGUUCUUCAUAUGGUGGAUGGAGAGGGCAUGCCAAUGGGUUUCAUUUAUGAGGCCAUGGAUAGGGCCAAAGAGGCUAUUUCACAUUACUAUCGUGGAAAUACAAGAAAAUGUGAAAUCCUUUGGCGCAUCAUUGAUCGUAGGUGGACAAACCAACUCCACCAACCGAUACAUGCCUCCGCCUACUUUUUGAACCCGAAAUUCUACUUCUCUGAUUCAUUUAGGGCUGAUGAGGAGGUCAUGGCAGGUGUUAUUACAUGCAUUGAUAACAUGACACCUGAUCCUGAGUUGAAAGACAAGGUUCUUGAUGAGUUAGAGAUCUACAAAAAUGCAGAGGGGAGACUCUUCUCAUCACAACUAGCAAUUGAUAGGAGAGGAAAACAACAACCAGAUUUAUGGUGGGAGAAUUAUGGUGCUGGCACGCCUAAUCUUCAAAAGAUAGCUAUCUGUGUUUUGUCUCAGCCAUGCAAUGCUUUUGGGUGUGAACGAAAUUGGAGUGUAUUUUAGAGCAUUCACACAAAGAAGAGAAAUAGAUUGUCACAAAAGCAGCUCAAUGAUCUAGUAUUUCGCCUUCGAGUUAGACAGGUGGAGGGUGUUUCACAUGAGGCCAUUGACUUGGAUGAAAUUGAUCCAUAUGGUGAUUGGACCAUGAAUGAACAAAAUGAUGGUGACGACAUCCUCCUUACCAAAGAAGAAAUUGCAGAAAUAGAGAGAGGAGCAGCACAAGAUGCAGAAGGAGCAAGAUUGGAUGAAAUGGAGGAUGAAGAUGAGGACUUUGACUUUGAAGAAGAAUCAUCUCACCAUUUAGAUACCACAACACCCACUACUACUACUUCUAGCUCAAGGCCUGAAAAAUUGAGCUAUAGUAGGAAAAAUACAAAGAGGAAGAUGUAGUCUUCUCUUUGGUUUGUUCAUUCACAUUGUUGUUUUUCACAUUUGGAGUUGGACUUGGACAUAUCAUUAUAUGUAAUUUUGUGAACAUUUAUAUACUUAUGCUGCCAUUAUACA